UAUAAGCUGGCUCACUUUCAUUCGCAUCUCAGUGGAUUUUUUUGCAUCCUAGAGAGAGCAACAAAAAUUCAGUUCAGUUUUAGCGUGAAACGUGUCUUCCUCUUUUUCUUCUUCAGUAAGAGAUUUGCAUCGACACUAUCAACUACGAAUUUUGUGCAUUGCUGAAGAAGAAAGAAAGAAAGAAAAAGAAAAGAGAGGAGAAAAAAGAGAAGCAUUUCAUAUAUCAACUGCGAAGAGUAUCUUGUGGAUUUCUUUUGUUCAUAGGAUGUGGAAUUUGGAUGCAUUUACAGAGUCGUUGCUUAGUAACAUGGUGGACGAAUUUGUUCCAGCGAUAACAACGUAUACAAUGAAUCCAACGAAUAAUGCUCAACAACAGCAACAGCAGCAGCAACGAAAAAGUCCAUUGUAUCCUACUGUUUCUUCGCCUCAAUCGAUGCAAUUGCCAUCAUCACCGAUUCACCCGCCGCCGAUUCAAUCACCAACUCAAGAAGAGGAAGCGGUAGCAAGUUGCAUCUCGCCACUUGGAUACAAUGCGUGUCACCCAUCCAUGAUGACUGGUCCUUCCAAUGGAGUCUCGAUUUACACAUCAGAAAUGCUUCAACGGCCCGAAGAUGUUCUUAGAUGUACGAACUGCAAUGAGGAGGGAAUGUUAGCGACGUCGAAAUGUAACGAUUGCAGAGAGGUGCUUUGCGAUAUGUGCGUGCUAGCCCAUCAGAGAGUGAGGCUAACGAAAGACCAUAGAAUCCGAAGAAUUUCGAUCGCGGAAGCCGUCUUCAAUGCGGCCGUUGCGCUGCCGGUCAUCGGUCCGCACACCAAUUCGGGAUUGACUUCGAUGAAUGUUCUUGUUUCGCACAAUUGCGAGAUGAACAUUGAAUCGAACCGUUUGUACUGCGAGAAUUGCGCGGCGACGGCGUGCAUCGAUUGCGUGCAGAUCGAUCACCGGGAACAUAGUGUCGUCUACAUGAACGAAUUCAAGGAAAAGAACAGGGCGAUGGCCAUCAGUUUGACGAUGGAAAUGAGGGCUGCUUCGGGCAUGCUCCUAGAUACAAUCAACGCCAUCCAACGGACGAGCGACAAUUUCGAAUUGAAGAUGCAUCAGGUGACCCUUGACAUUCGUUGCAUGAUGAAACGUUUCAGGAACGCCCUAGAGGAUAGGGAAAGGGAUUUGGUGAUGAAGAUCGAAAACCAUAAGAGAUCCAAGUAUCUCUUCUACAAGAACCAAGCGCAAGUCAUCAAGACCGCUAUGAACAAUAUUGCUGUUACGUCGAACAUACUGAACGACGCGAUGAACAAUGGGAUGGUCAGGGAACUGGCAAUUAUCAACGAGAAAGCUAUGAUGGAGGUGACGUCGUUGAAGGGGUUGAGGCCAGAGCUGAUGACUUUGGAUGAGGCCAAUCUGUAUUUUAUUCCACCCGAACAUCACUUGUUGGGCGCCAUCGCCAAUAUGGGUACUUUCAGUUACAAUCCCUAUACUCCACCACACAACAACAAUUACCCUUACAGUUACCCUGUCUACUAUCCCAACAACAAAUCGAACUACAACAAUAACAACAAUCGGCAGAACAGCAAAUUCACAGAUUUCUCUCCUUACAACUUUAUUCCCGAUGAGACUUACUUGCCGGGAAUGCCCAAGGGCAUGCCCAUAUUUGGAUGCGAGUUCCCCGUUAUUGUUCGAAGCAUCAGAGGACAUUUCCCGAUUGACACGUUCGGUUUGGAAGGUGUGAGCGAUGGUUACAUGUGCAGACCGUGGGGAGUUGCCUGCGACAAGAGAGGAAACUUCGUGGUUGCCGAUAGGAGCAACAACAGAAUCCAGAUAUUCUCACCCACGGGUAAAUUCCUUAGCAAGUUCGGCAGCUACGGAAAUGCGCCCGGGCAGUUCGACAGGCCGGCAGGAGUCGCCGUCGAUGCGUCCGAACGCAUCAUUGUCGCCGACAAGGACAAUCAUCGCGUCCAAGUGUUCAAAAUGGACGGCACUCUGGUGCAGAUCAUAGGUGAGAAGGGCUGCAGAAACGGACAAUUCAAUUAUCCGUGGGACGUGGCCGUGAACUCUGCCGGUCAGAUCGUUGUCACCGAUACGAGGAACCAUCGUAUUCAACUGUUCGACAGCAAAGGCACCUACCUGAAAAAGUUCGGAUUCGAAGGUGUCUCCUCGAUGUGGAAGCAUUUCGAUUCGCCGCGCGGCAUCUGCUUCACACCGAAAGGCAGAGUUGUCGUCACAGACUUCAAUAAUCAUCGUAUGGUUAUCGUCGAUCGGGACUUUGUUCAUGCCCAAUUCUUGGCUGAAGAGGGUUCCGGGCAAGGGCAGUUAUUGAGGCCGCAGGGUGUUGUGUGCGAUGACGAAGGAAAGAUCAUCAUCGCUGAUUCACGUAACAAUCGCAUCCAAGUGUUCGAUGAGAUAGGCAAUUUCUUGUGGAUGAUCGGGCAUACUGGUACAAAUAUAGGCGAUCUAGACAGACCCAGUGGGAUCACUCUUACACCGCAAGGUAAAAUCGCGAUCGUCGACUUCGGCAACAACAGAGUACAAAUAAUUUAGAAGUACUAAAUCGGAAACGGGAAACAAAACCCAACAACUAAAGCCAGGCUAAUGGCUAAUUGACUAUGACAAAAAAAAAUUGUCCUUUUUGAGAACCAAACAAUUUUAAUUUUGCAUUUUUUUGGUUAUUUUUACGAACGGGCAUUUCAAUGUAACAAAAUUUGACCAUUGCCUGGCCUUUUCCUGUAGUAUUUAACAUUAUAUAUAUAAAAAAAAAGAAUUUUCGAUGUAUUAGAGUAUUUUUCUUGUACUCUUGUACGAAACUCGUUGAUGAACAAAAGAAACAAAAAGUUAACUCGCACGAAAAAGUUUGAUAGAGUUAUAUAAUCAUUUCUAAUCAACGCAAAUCUCCUAUUUUUAAGUUUUUUAUUUACCAUUUUUUUUUCUAUAACCAAUCAAUGUAGACACACUAUAACCAAAUUUUUGUCACAUAUUGGUUUAGUUUUUAAUAUUGAUUAAUUGAUGAAAAACUCUCAGGGUAUUUUCCCAAUCUCAGGUAAUUUAUAUUUUUAUAAACGAGAGUACCUUGGUCUGAAACGACAAAAAUAGGAAUCUUUUUUCCUCUCAAUUAAUGCUAUAUA